AACUAGGAUUAUGGUGAAACUAACUACAUCUGGCCUGUCUCGAAUGCAUGAGUUUGAACGAAGAGAAUAGAACGUGCAGUUCGAGGGCUGCAGGUCGGCACUAUUUAUGACAACUGGCGGAUGAUGGGAACGAUGGCCCUGCACGUGGCUGAGCACGGCGUCGUUCAAUAUCAGAAUAUCCCCACCACGAGUUAUCAAUGGGUAAGCAUACGCGGUGGUUUGGUCGCGUUGGUCGCGUUGGUGGCUGCUGGGUGGAUUUAUCCGGCUGAUAUGAACGAUAGGGCGGUGGCUGGAGCAUAUCCAGUAUCCACCUUGGGAUGAUAGCAUGAUGCCAUUGUCUAUGAGGAGACCAUACUAACCGAUUGAGAAG